AUUUAUGAUUAUGAUUUAUAAGCGCUUACUCAGCGCUUACUUUGCUCUUACUUUGUACUUUUUUUUAACUUUGAAUUUUUUUCUGAUCUCUAUAAUAUUUAAUUUCGGAGAUAUUGCCAUGUAAUUGAAUGACGUGGCGAUUGAUAAUGUAGAUCACAUUUGUUUAUUUGAUAAAGAAAUAAUUUUGUUUAUUAAUUAUUUAUUAAUUUAUGUAACUUUAUAUAUCAUUCUUAGUCCGAGUUAUCUUCUUUGUUUUUUUGCAAAUUUAGAGAGAUCAAGUUCGUAAGAAUUUGUUUAUAAAAAUUGUUUAUAACAAAUUGUUAAUUAAUUAUUAACAAUACGUUUUAAACAAAUAGUGUAAAUUAUGCCCUUUAAAAUGGUAUUUGAUUCAAGUCUCUACGAGUUUUAGUUCCGAAGAUAUUCCAAUGUGACAAUUGAAUAAUCUAGAUCACAUUUGUUUAUUUGAUAAAGAAAUAAUUUUGUUUAUUAAUUAUUUAUUAAUUUAUGUAACUUUAUAUAUCAUUCUUAAUCCGAGUUAUCUUCUUUGUUUUUUUGCAAAUUUAGAGAGAUCAAGUUCGUAAGAAUUUGUUUAUAAAAAUUGUUUAUAACAAAUUGUUAAUUAAUUAUUAACAAUACGUUUUAAACAAAUAGUGUAAAUUAUGCCCUUUAAAAUGGUAUUUGAUUCAAGUCUCUACGAGUUUUAGUUCCGAAGAUAUUCCAAUGUAAAUAGAAGAUAGUUACGUUGAUCCAUUUAUCCUAUAUAAUUUCAUUCAGUUUAACCAGAUGACACACUGACCUAUAUAAAUUCUAAGAAUUUACGCGGAUCAGCUGGACAAGUUACUACUACUAUACUAUUACUACGAACAGGUGUAGUAUACGAAUUAUGAAUGAAAAUCUUUUGAAGCCGAUAUCUUUGGAACGAAAAGUCGUAGAGAUAUGAAAAAUACAUCGUUUUAAAGCAUAAUUUAUUCUUUAUUUAUUUAAAUAUUGCAAUAAUAUCGAUAUAAUAAAAACGACUUUGUUAAUAAUUUUUUAAA